AAAGAUGUCACAUGUCAACAUAUCACAUAGACGAUCCCCCUUUUUUUCCUUCUUCAAUAAAAAAAUAGUUGAAAUUCUUGAUUAAAUAAAGCUAUUUCGAGACAUACAAAGUAAAAUUUCUGUUUUUUUUUUUUUUAAAUGUUGGGCGACUAAAGAAAUCAUUUUUAUCAAACAUUAGCAGCUAAAUGAGAAGUUUAAUCCGCCUGAAAGAAUCAGAACCGCUGCUAUUAUAUAUCGCCGGCGUCAGAGCUACGGAGACGUAAAUCGUGAACAAUCUUUCCUGAGCUUGAAACAUUUUGCAGCCAGCCAGUUAGUCCCUUAUCGAUGGUUCUGGGAGCACGGGUUUCCUCUAAAGUGGCUCUCUUAUCUGCAAGGAAACUAUUUGCACGGGAUUCUUCUAAUAAAUUGUUUGUUGGAGGUCUUUCAUAUGACACAAAUGAAACUAUUCUAAGAGAAGCUUUUAGUACACAUGGAGUAGUUACACAAGGUAUCUUUAUGCCAGUCAAAGUAAUAUGCGAUAGGAGAAGUGGGAAAUCUAAAGGUUUUGGAUUUGUGCAGUUUUCUCAUGAAAGUGAGGCUGCCACUGCUCUGCAACAGAUGGAUCAACAGUUACUUGAAGGAAGAAACAUUCGUGUUUGUUACGCAAACAAGGAAUGAAAUAGCCGUUCCUGUCUAAAGAUAUCAUUUAUGCUGGUAAAUUUACCUUUCUCAAUUUGCUUGAUUGCUUAGGAAAGUAUAAUGGGGCAUCUUGCUGAUGUUAAAAUUCCAAAAAGAAUGCAAGGAAGACUUAUCAGCUUUGUUUUUUCAAAAAGUUUAUUGUUGUUACUGGUAUUUAUAGAUUGGUAAAGAAUGUAAGUUAGCGCUUUGGAAUAUCUGAAAC